AUGAGAUUGCUGGUGUUUGGAUUGUUGAUCUGUUAUGUGGCUGCUACACGAAUUACAUUCAUGUGUCACAAAACUUGGGAUCCGGAGAAGACCCGGGUCACUAUUACCACUGGAGAUUCUACUAUGUGAGUGAAGCCGUUUUCCGCUGUGUUCUCGUACCCGCUCUUAUCAAGUGCAUCUUAACACUUUAUUAUUGAUCGGAUUUAAUUUUUAGGACAAUGGGCCUGGACCAGAAGAACGGAAUAACAUUUGCCAUAUCAGGCGCCGAGAGGCCCAAGAUGGAAGUUAGCCAUGAUUGCGGGGGGACCAAAAAGAAGUCAACAGUCCUAUUGUAUGGCCAAACGAACAUUGAUCUUACCAGUAUUUAA